AAAUUCCCUGGGAAGCAGAGCAAGAACAAACCAUCCCGUGACCUAUUUUGCAUGACAGUAAAGCCUCAGCUACUCCUUCUCACCAUCAGAUGGUAUUUUUCUACAAACUGAAUUGUUAACUUUGUGUCUUCUGCUGGUCAUUCCUCCCCUCCAUCAAGCGCUGAUAUGACAAACAACAGACUUGGGGGAGGCAGAGGACAAAGACAGGAUCCCAGGAGAGGGGGCAGACACAUGCUUGUUUAAAUAGCUACAGUCCUUCAGAGGUAGAUUAUAAUGACAGGGAGGACAAAUGAGAUGAAAGCAAGGUAUCUUAGGGGCUGUCUAAUGGGCAGGUAGGGAGAAUGCAAAACAACACAGUAGGGACUGUCUAUGUGUGUUCUGAAAUAUUUAAAAAUAUACUUAUUUGUAUUCUUUUUGCAUUGGAAAAACAAAUUGUGUGUGAUAGUUUUGAAUGAAAAGUGGAAGUUCUCCCUAGUUUUGAGUGAGUUUUUUAAAAGAGCAUGAGAAUGUUAUGGUGCUAAACUUGACAAAAAGAAAAAAAGAGACCAUUGAAAUGCUGAUAAUUUUAGUAAUCUUUUUUAAAGCAUUGAGGGGGCAAAGAUUACAAAUUAUGCUAUACAGAAAUAAACCUAUAAAUCUGUUUCGAGUUAUUAAUUUGACUUUCAGUUGAUUCAGUUUGUAAUAACUAUUAAUGACCUCUGUUUACAAUAAAGAUUCUGUAAAAUUGUUUGCUAUUAAUUUUUUAAUUGUUAAAAUAUUAGCAGGUUUCUACUUACUCAUACAAACGUGCUGAAUGUAAAUAUAGCUUGAGAAUUGGACACUGCUGGUAUUUAGGUAAUCUCUCUGGAAUCCUGGAGCUUAAAGUUAGAAGUUGUACAGACCCAGUCUGGAAAGUUCUACCCCCUGCAUUGCAGAAGGCCUCUCUCUGCUGGCUUUCUCCCCAGUAUCCCAGGAAAAUGUGCACCACACUGUCUGUCCUGUCACGUCUGCAAGAGGCCAGAGCUUGGAGACAAAAGGGUUGAAGUUUUGGCACCGGGCAGGCUCCAGGGCAGAUGGGUGGAGCCUCAAAGGCUCAGGUCUAAAAUCCCCACCUGGCUUGAUUCAGAGAGAGACCCAUUUGAAAAAUCCCUAAGGAUUAAAGGCAUUAUGAAAAACCUAUGUUACACAGCUAUUACCAUGGUUAUAGGUCUUUAUUUUACUGGCACACUGACAAACCCAUCAAGAAAAGGCAGUAUUUUAUUCAGUUCUGAGUGCCAGUGGAAUGGAUAUCAUCUGACAAAUUGUUCUUUUGCUGGAAAGCAUGAAAUACCUGUGGACAUAUCACAGAUAGCAGCCACAGUGGAUGUAAGCUCCAGUUUCUUUCGGGUUCUCUCACAAACUCACAUGAAAAAAGAAGAAUGGAAUAUAAAACACCUGGACCUCAGUAACAAUCUCAUAUCGAAAAUAACCUUAAGCUCUCUAGUACAUUUUCAUGCUUUGGAAAUAUUAAACCUCAGCAACAGCAGCAUUCACUCCAUGUCAUUGGAUCUACCCAGUUUUAAGUCUUCGUGGGCAAAACGCCACAGAGGUAGCUUGAGAAAUGGGCUUCCAUUUCUAAAGUUACUCAUUCUUCAAAGAAAUAAACUCAGUAACAUUCCCAAGGGGCUAUGGAAACUGAAGUCAUUACAGAGUUUGGAUCUGUCAUUCAAUGAGAUAACGCAAAUUGGUCUGUCUGAUUUUCAUAACUGCCUGCAACUAGAAAACCUCUAUUUAAAGAGCAACAAGAUAUUCAGAAUUCAUCCAGAAGCCUUCAAGGACCUAAAAAAAUUACAGCCUGUCCUAAAUUCGUUUCUUCUCGAGCAGGUUGUAGACCUCAGCAGCAAUGCCCUGACCGCCAUCCUGCCGAUGGUGACCAUGGCUCUAGAACUUCCCCACCUGCAGGCUGACUUGGCCGAUAACCAGUGGCAGUGUGACUAUAGUGCGGUGAUCUUCCAAAAUGUCAUUUCUGAAUCCUGGAGGAAAAAGUGGAAUGCAAUUUGCAACAAGUCUAUAGGGAAGGAGGAGGUAUACUGGUGGAACCCCACAAGCACAACGUCCAGAGACACCCACCUUCCUAACACUAAUCCGAAUCAUAUGAAAAGCCUCAUCAUGAGCAAAGCUGAGAGGCCCGAGGGAGUGCGCUUCUCCACUCUGGGGAAGAAGGGCCCAGGGGGCUCUGAAACCAGUGAGAGGCAGAGACGGCCGGCAAGACGGGUUAGGAGCGCCAGGGAUGUGCAAGCUGCCAGCAGAAGGGACGCGGCUUCCCAGGACCUGGUCUUGCCCAUCUGCCUGUCGGUGUUCAUCACAUUCUUCGUGGCUUUCUGCCUGGGGGCUUUUGCGGGGGCUUUUGCGAGGCCUUAUGCGGACAGACUGUGUCAACAGAGAUGCCGGGAAAAAAGUCCAGCUUCAGAGAACGUGUAUUCAAAUCAGGGCUUCUACGAUGAAAUCGAAGCUGCAGGGAACAUAGAGCAGCCAAGGAUGGAUCUGAGCCUGACUUUCCAGGAUCUAAACCUCUAUGAGAGCCAAGCCCCACACGCGACUGUCAUUCCUGCGAGAACGCCGCCGGCACCAAGCAGAAAGGAGGCUGGCGGCGGGCAGGGCGGGAAACAAUGGGGGGACCACACUGGGGCAGGAAGCCGGGAGGAUAACGCGCUCCCAAAUCACAGUGCAGCCCGGCCCAUUCUCCGCGGCCCGCCAAAUGCCGAUGACACCCAGCUAAUGUCGGCAGGACAGGACCACAUCUACAGCAGUGAUAUUCCUGAAGAAGUAAAUUAUGACACUGUGGCCCGGAAAGAUUCCCUCCGUGAACGUUCAGUGGGCAUCCCUGCCGUGGCUGCCAGAUUACAGACAAGCCCUGGCUCAGUCCGUAAGGAUUCCAACGAAUUAGGCCCACCCCUCCCCAGAGAAAUGACUGCGCCUCUCUCCCAAAUGGGAGCGCACACCAAAGCGCCGAGGACCAGAGAGGAGGGGAGAGGGGGCACUCCACACUUCCCUUCGGAGUUUUCUAAGGUGAGUGUGCUGAGUGCACAGCAGCAAAGGCUCCAGGGCGCGGGUGAUGAGGGAGAAUCUCCCGCCCACUAUGGAGCGGCCACGCUCCGUGACCCAGGCGAUGCGGAUCGUUCCCCACCGGGCUUCCCUCCGGGUUGGGGUCCUGACCUGUAUGUGACUCCUGAGAACAAGGAACCAGCACAAAAGGACACUCCUGAGGCUCAGCACGAGUUGGACACCAACUCCAGUUCUGACGAAGGGUCUUUAUUUACUCUAAGUUCAGCAAGUUCAGAGGACUGGAGAAAUGUGGCUGAAGGAGAGGCACAUGGUAAGGAGAGCUGCAGGGCCGGCGAGCCCCUGGGGGACGAGGACUCUGGGGAGAGGAGGCACAAUGUCACGUCAUUAGAGAGUCUUGAGGAAAACAUGGCCUUCCAGAAGAUUCUGGGGAAAUGCAAGAAUCAGGAAGAUCGUUUUGGAAAAACUCUCAUUUCUGAUCCAGACUACAGUUUGCAAGAGACUCAUCUGGAAAGUGCCUCUAACGCCAAUCAAUUUGAGGAUCCACUGACCUUGCCCAGGUCACCACGUAACAGUCCUUGCAGUGACGAGAUCCCAGGCGUGUCCGUUUACGAUUAUGUCAGAGCUCUUCAAUCCGAGGCAGCAGAGUGGCAUUGCUCACUGGGAAACUUGGCAUUUUUUAAUGUGGAUGUUUUACCACAAACACCAACAUGUUCUGCCAAAGUUCCCUCAGAUCCUGAUGAGAGUGCCUGUCGUGAAGGAGAUGCAGACAUUUGUCAAUAUGAACCUAACAUGCAGGGAAUAGACACAGCUUAAA